AGCCAGAAGACCACCAAGGUGGAGGGGCCGGAGUCCGGGCCGGCCGAGGCCUCGCUGAGCGCCGAGCAGGGGACGAUGACGGACGUGAAGGUGAAGACAGAGCUGCCCGACGACUACAUCCAGGAGGUGAUCUGGCAGGGGGAGGCCAAGGAGGACAAGAAGGCCCUCAGCAAGGACGGGACCGGGGACGUGCCCGCUGAGAUUUGCGUGGUGAUCGGCGGCGUCCGCAACCAGCAGACCCUCGGGUCCUAUGAGUGUGGAAUCUGCGGCAAGAAGUACAAGUAUUACAACUGCUUCCAGACCCAUGUCCGGGCACACCGAGACACCGAAGCCACCUCCGGGGAGGGAGCCUCCCAAGGCAACAAUUUCAGGUACACAUGUGACAUCUGCGGGAAGAAGUACAAAUACUACAGCUGUUUCCAGGAGCACCGAGACCUGCACGCAGUAGAUGUGUUCAGUGUGGAAGGGGCCCCUGAGAAUCGGGCAGACCCCUUCGACCAAGGUGUUGUGGCCACUGACGAAGUCAAGGAGGAACCCCCGGAGCCAUUCCAGAAAAUAGGGCCAAUGAACAAUAUUACAUCAGACAUUUUUAAGAAGAAAGAAGUUAGGCAGUGCCAAAAGAGAGAAACCGGCAAUUACACCUGUGAAUUCUGCGGGAAGCAGUAUAAAUACUACACGCCCUACCAGGAGCACGUGGCCUUACACGCGCCUAUCAGUACUGCCCCCGGGUGGGAGCCGCCGGAAGAUCCAGACACGGGUUCUGAGUGCUCACAUCCAGAGGUCUCCCCAUCACCACGCUUUGUGGCAGCGAAGACCCAGACGAACCAGCCGGGGAAAAAAGCUCCAGCCUCCGUGGUCCGAUGUGCCACCCUCCUGCACCGCACCCCUCCAGCCACCCAAACCCAGACGUUCCGCACGCCAAAUUCGGGAUCUCCAGCAAGCAAGGCAACUGCAGAAAGCGCUUUCAGCCGGAGAGUGGAAGGCAAAGCACAGAACCACUUUGAAGAGACCAAUAGCAGCUCCCAGAACUCCAGCGAAACUGCAAGUCCCCUGAUUUCCAAUCCUUUCCCUCUCCUACAGAAGCCCUACACGUGUGGUGCCUGCGGCAUCCAGUUCCAGUUCUACAACAACCUCCUGGAGCACAUGCAGUCCCAUGCAGCUGACAAUGAGAACAACAUCGCCUCCAACCAGUCUCGAUCACCAUCUGCUGUCGUGGAAGAGAAGUGGAAGCCCCAACCCCAGAGGAACAGUGCCAAUAAUACCACGGUGAGUGGUUUGACCUCCAACAACAGCAUGAUCCCCGAGAAGGAGCGGCAGAACAUUGCGGAGCGGCUGCUGCGGGUCAUGUGCGCCGACCUGGGGGCGCUGAGCGUGGUGAGCGGGAAGGAGUUCCUGAAGCUGGCCCAGACCUUGGUGGACAGCGGGGCCCGCUACGGGGCCUUCUCCGUCACCGAGAUCCUGGGCAACUUCAACACGCUAGCGCUGAAGCACCUGCCGCGCAUGUACAACCAGGUCAAGGUGAAGGUGACAUGUGCCCUGGGCAGCAACGCCUGCCUGGGCAUCGGCGUCACCUGCCACUCUCAGAGCGUGGGCCCCGACUCCUGCUACAUCCUGACCGCCUACCAGGCCGAGGGCAACCACAUCAAGAGCUACGUGUUGGGUGUGAAGGGUGCGGACGUGCGUGACGGCGGCGACCUGGUGCACCACUGGGUGCAGAACGUGCUCUCCGAGUUUGUGAUGUCAGAGAUCAGGACGGUGUACGUGACGGACUGCCGGGUGAGCGCAUCUGCCUUCUCCAAGGCCGGCAUGUGCCUGCGCUGCUCAGCCUGCGCCCUGAACUCGGUGGUGCAGAGCGUGCUGAGCAAGCGGACACUGCAGGCCCGCAGCAUGCACGAGGUCAUCGAGCUGCUCAGCGUGUGUGAGGACCUGGCGGGCUCCACCGGCCUCGCCAAGGAGACCUUCGGGUCGCUGGAGGAGACCGCCCCACCCCCCUGCUGGAACUCGGUGACGGACUCGCUGCUGCUGGUGCACGAGCGCUAUGAGCAGAUCUGCGAGUUCUACAGCCGGGCCAAGAAGAUGAACCUCAUCCAGAGCCUCAACAAGCACCUGCUCAGCAACCUGGCUGCCAUCCUGACGCCCGUGAAGCAGGCGGUCAUCGAGCUGAGCAGUGAGAGCCAGCCCACCCUGCAGUUGGUGCUGCCCACCUACGUCCGGCUGGAGAAGCUCUUCACGGCCAAGGCCAACGACGCGGGCACCGUCAGCAAGCUCUGCCACCUCUUCCUGGAGGCGCUCAAGGAGAACUUCAAGGUGCACCCGGCACACAAGGUAGCCAUGAUCCUGGACCCGCAGCAGAAACUGCGGCCCGUCCCGCCCUACCAGCACGAGGAGAUCAUCGGCAAGGUCUGUGAGCUCAUCAACGAGGUGAAGGAGUCGUGGGCCGAGGACCCCGACUUCGAGCCCGGCGCCAAGAAGCCCCGCUCGGCCCCAGGUGAGAACCCGGCCUCGCAGGAGGAUGACCGGCUGGGGAAGAACGAGGUCUAUGAUUACCUGCAGGAGCCCCUCUUCCAGGCCACCCCCGAUCUCUUCCAGUACUGGUCGUGCGUGACCCAGAAGCACACGAAACUCGCCAAGCUUGCCUUCUGGCUGCUGGCAGUCCCGGCCGUGGGCGCCCGCAGCGGGUGCGUCAGCAUGUGCGAGCAGGCGCUUCUCAUCAAGAGGCGGCGCCUGCUGAGCCCGGAAGACAUGAACAAACUCAUGUUCCUGAAAUCCAACAUGCUUUAAGACGCGGCUGUAACAGACAAAGGAGGGAGACAGGAACAAAGAAGAGAACGUUAGGGAAAAAUAUAAAACAAAAAAACACACAACACUGUCACAAACCAAGAAAAAGGAAUUUAAGUUCUAAACACUGUGGACCUCAUUAUCAAUGCCCCCUGGAGACUUUAAGUGCUUUUCCUCGUGUGUGUGCAUGUGUGCUCACACCCAGCCAUGGGUGUGCGGGGAAUGGGGGGCUCUGCGCUCACCCUCUGUGGUCACAGGGGCUCGCUCCUUGCGUGUGUGCGUGCACGCGUGCAUGCGUGUGCGCGUGCGCACAUGACCCUGGUGCAUGCACACGUGCCUGGCAGUGGGCACAUGGGCAUUAAGCUGGGUCUGUCAGGAAAGCCGCGUGUGUGGGGAAGAGGGAGACGCCUCCGCGUCUUUUUCUGCAUCCGGGGGCUUUCAAAGACUCCGCUCUCAGGUGUGCAGAUGGGUAGGAAGCUGAUGUUGUAAGAUGUCCAGGCAGCUGUGAUCUGAAGUGACAUGACGUUCUCGGUCAUCACCGCCCCCCACCCCACCCCGGCUGCCCCGCCAUGGACCGACUCUCCAGACGGCAUCAGACGGACAGUUUCUGCACUGGACUUUGCUUCUCGUGCACCUUCAGGGCAUUGAGCUGCUGCCUCCGUGACCUCCCUCAGGGGUGCCUGGGCGGCCGCCUUAGAAACACACCUAUCUAUCACCCCAAAUCAGGAAAAGGAGACUUUAAGACUAUGAAGCUGACUUUUUGCGUUUUAAUAUAAGAUAGAAAAACAAGAGGACGUUUUUCAGAGAAGGAUAGGUAUCGUCUCCACUCCUUCGUGAUUUCUCCCCCCUCUUAACAUUUUAGGAAGUCCUACCCUUUUUUGUUUGUUUGUUUCUUAAGUUUUAUUUAGACUCUGCUAGGAGGCACUGAAUGUCUAUAACUUAUGUUUUUGGAGUCUUUUUAUGAAAUCGGCCUUUUUGUGUUUCAAAUCACACUGUAAACGAGCUCAUCUCAGUGGUAUACCCCCCGUCCUGCAGUCUUCACUGCGCUUUCCCAACUGGCCUAGAGUUUCCGUGCAUCCCCCAGCCUGGACCAAGAAGUCGGCUGCGCUGUUUGGGAGGCUGGGG